AUGCCGAGUGAGCUAAUGGGGGAUGUAGAAGGCCACAUAAAGAAGAGCAGGAGAGCAAAGCGACGGGUUAUACGGACUGCAGAUAAAAGCGGGUUGUUUGUAUUAGGGUGCCGCUGCGGCUGCUCUCUUUCGUCCCACAAUGGCGGCUGCGACGCUCCGCUCCGCUCCGUGCUCCGCCGCAAUAGCCUCCUGCCCUUGUUCGACACCCACCGCCUUCGAGAUCUCCUCUUCUUCUCCUCCUCUGUCGACCCUACGGCCGCCGUAGGGGACACCAUAUCUCCAGAUCCCCACUUCAUGGUGAAAUACCUCGUGAACUCCUGCGGGUUCUCCCCCUCCGAGGCAGCCAAGUUCUCUAAACCUCUUGCGCACCUCCGAUCCACCGAGAAACCCGACGCCGUCCUUAACUUCAUGAGAUCUCAGGGCCUCGGUGGCGCCGUUAUCAGGAAGGUGAUAUCUGCGGAUCCCAGAUACUUACGCUACAACGUGGAGAAAAACUUGGCCCCGAAGUUUCAGUUCUUACGCGAUUUGGGCCUAUCGGAGUCGGAUAUCGUCGAUGCCAUCCUGAAGAACCAUGGCAUCCUCCUCUUCAACGUUCAGCGUUCCAUCGUCCCCAAAUUGGAGAUGUGGGAAGGUCUCUUGGGAUCGAGAGAGCUCGUUCUCAAGCAUCUCAAGAAGACAACGCGGUUUUUCCACUCCAGCGUUGAGAAGACAUUGCAUCCUAACCUAAAGUUCUUGAGGGAUGAGUGCGGCAUUCCUGAAGAAAGGGUCUCUGUCGUCUUGAGAAGUCACCCAAAAUUAAUCUCACAGAAACCAGAGUCUCUCCGAGCUUUGGUGGCGAGAGCCGAUGAGCUGGGGAUGCCACGGCAAUCUCGGAUGUUCAUGUGGACAGUUAAUAUUAUCCAGAGGGUAAGCAAAGAGAGGUUCGAGGCCAAGGUCGAGUUCAUGAGGAGGUUCGGGUGGUCGGAAUCGGAGUUUUCUUCUGCUGUCAGGAAAGUACCCACCUUCAUAGGCAUGUCCCUCGAUAUGUUGCGCAGAAAAGUGGAAUUUUUUAUCAAUGUGGUCGGUUACACCCCUUCCUUCAUCGCCGACAAAUCAUAUCUCUUGCUAUUUAGUCUGCAGAAGAGGGUAAUUCCUCGGUUUCGUGUCACAGAGAUGUUGAAAUCGAAAGGAUUGUGGACUGGACAAGGCAAGUUUUCAUGCAUUCUCACAUUAUCAGAUACCAAAUUCAUUGAGAAGUUUGUUCUCCCUCACAAAGAAAAUGUUCCUGAGCUGCUUGAUAUUUUGAGAGUUGCGGGCGUGUGUAAAGGAAAAGGUGCCGCUGCGGCCGCUCUCUUUUGUCCCAUAAUGGCGGCUGCGAGGCUCCGCACCGGGCUCCGCCGCAAGAGCCUUCUGCCCUUGUUCGAAACCUGCCGCCUUCGAGAUAUCCUCUUCUUCUCCUCCUCUGUCAACGCUGCCGCCGCCGUAGGCGGCACCAUAUCACCAGAUCCCCACUUCAUGGUGGAAUACCUCGUCAACUCCUGCGGGUUCUCCUCCUCCGAGGCAGCCAAGUUCUCUAAACCCCUUGUGCACCUCCGAUCCACCAAGAACCCCGACGCCGUCCUUAACUUCAUGAGAUCUCAGGGCUUCGAUGGCGCCGGUAUCAGGAAGCUGAUAUCUGGGGAUCCCAGAUACUUAUGCUACAACGUGGAGAAGAACCUCGCCCCGAAGUUUCAGUUCUUACGCGAUUUGGGCCUAUCGGAGUCGGACGUCGUCGAUGUCAUCCGGAAUAACGAGGAAAUCCUCUGCCGCAACGUUCACCGUUUCCUCGUCCCCAAAUUGGAGAUAUGGGAAAGUCUCAUGGGAUCGAGAGAGCUCGUUCUCAAGCAUCUCAAGAAGUCACGCAGGUUUUUCUUCUCCAGCGCUGAGAAGACAUUGUAUCCUAACCUAAAGUUCUUGAGGGAUGAGUGCGGCAUUCCUGAAGAAAGGGUCUCUGUCGUCUUGAGAAGUUGCCCACAAUUAAUCUCACUGAAACCAGAGUCUCUCCGAGCUUUGGUGGUGAGAGCCGAUGAGCUGGGGAUGCCACGGCAAUCUCGGAUGUUCAUGUGGACCCUUUAUGUUUUCCACAACGUAAGCAAAGAAAGGUUCGAGGCCAAGGUUGAGCUCAUGAGGAGCUUCGGGUGGUCGGAGUCGGAGUUUUCUUCUGCAGUCAGGAAAAAUCCCAACUUCUUAUCCAUGUCCCUCGAUAUGUUGCGCAGAAAAGUGGUAUUUUUUAUCAAUAUAGUCGGGUACACCCCUUCCUUCAUCGCCUCCCAACCAACUAUCUUGCUAUAUAGUCUGCAGAAGAGGGUCAUUCCUCGGUUUCAUGUGACGGAGAUGUUGAAAUCGAAAGGAUUGUGGACUGGACAAUGCAAGUUUACAUCGAUUAUCGUAUUCUCAGAUACCAAAUUCAUGGAGACGUUUGUUCUCCCUCACAAAGAAAAUGUUCCUGAGCUGCUUGAUAUUUUGAGAGCUGCUGGCACCUGUAAAGGUAAUGAUACCUUUCAUUUGGCAUCGGAGGAUGAGAAAGGGCUUAGCUGAUGGUCUGAUUUGCCAACGACGAAGUAUGCAGUGGCUUCAAUGGAAUUUGAAAGACCAGUUGCACUGGGUUGAUCAGGAGUCACCAGCUCUUCUGAAAUGUCUUCAACCUCCUUUGGAAUUGCUAAAGCUUUUCUCGCAUCAACAAACUCUUGCAUGCCUCCAUAGGCUUCUGCUCGUCCACCCUUUGUGAUUCCAGCAACAGAUCUCUUCAUUCUUGGAGUUCAUUCUUGGAUUCGGUGGAUGCAACUUCUCAUCAUCAUAGCUGAAGCUUCUGCUCUACUUGAAAGCCUUCUGAAGGCUGCACAACUACAUUUCUCCAACAUCUGAAUCGAACUAAUUCCCUUGAGUUAGUCGAUUUGCUGGUUCCUUAAGAAUAUUUUGGAUGCCAUUUUAUUUGUUUGUUCAAGUAUUUAUGUUGUCGAUGUGGUCCAUGUUUCCCGCAUCAUGAACGGCGUGGCCCAUUGGCUAGUCAAUCUCGGAAGGACUGUAAAUUCUCUAGUAUAGAUCAGUCUAGCUCAGUAUCUAAUCCACUUUAAUCUUUAAUGAAA